AUGAAGGAGAUCACGAAACGCUUGCUUUCAAAUAAAUCAUGGUUGUACGGCAGUGAAGCAUCAGUGUUGAACACUGAUGUCAUCCUGUCUAUGAUGAUCACUAUGGACCGCAAAUUAUUCACCCUGUUCACCUUCAUUGAACAAAUGCAGGAGAAGUACAUACACCGACUACGAGAAUUCGUGGCGAUCAAAAGUAUAUCUGAAAGCAAGGCCAAUCGAUUAGACGUGGUUAAAGCCUUGAGAUGGAUCGCCUUCCGAUUAAAAAGACUCGGUGCGGAUGUGCGCAUGCGAAGAAUCGGCAAAGAAUUCAUUUACACUGGAGACAACAUUCCACUCACGAAAGCUGAUGAAAUGGAACUUCCGGACGUUGUGGUCGCCUCUCUGGGAACUGAUGUCACCAAGCGAACCUUGCUUAUCUAUGGUCACGUGGAUGUCAAACAAGUUCACGAGAGUGAAGCAUGGACACACGAUCCCUUUGAUAUGCAAGUUCGGGAUGGAUAUUUAUGCGGACGAGGGGUCACCGAUGAUAAAGGACCGAAGCUUUCCAAACUCGGUGCGGAUGUGCGCAUGCGAAGAAUCGGCAAAGAAUUCAUUUACACUGGAGACAACAUUCCACUCACGAAAGCUGAUGAACUGGAACUUCCGGACGUUGUAGUUGCCUCUCUGGGAACUGAUGUCACCAAGCGAACCUUGCUUAUCUAUGGUCACGUGGAUGUCAAACAAGUUCACGAGAGUGAAGCAUGGACACACGAUCCCUUUGAUAUGCAAGUUCGGGAUGGAUAUUUAUGCGGACGAGGGGUCACCGAUGAUAAAGGACCGGUAUUAGGCUGGAUCAAUGCCGUAGAAGCUUUCCAAAAAACUAAUGUCACGUUACCAGUUAACCUGAAAUUUGUCAUCGAAGGUAUGGAGGAGGUCGGUUCCGAAGGGUUGCAUGAACUCCUCAGUGAACUAUCACAUGGCUUUUUUAAGAAUGUCGACUACGUUGCAAUAUCGGACAAUUACUGGCUUGGACAAGACACUCCAUGUCUGACCUACGGACUUCGUGGAGUCAUCUAUUUCUACAUCACAGUGGAAGGGGCAGACCGCGUGUUGCACUCCGGUUGUCACGGUGGUGCCGUUGUAGAACCAUUGGAUGACUUAAUCAGCCUACUGGGUGCACUAAAUGACACGCGUGGAAGGCCGCUUGUCCCGGGGAUCUAUGAUGACAUUCAAGAAAUGAACCCAGAGGAAACAAAACGUUUCGCAGAGUUGGAUUAUGUUCCCGAAGUGUAUCAGGAUCAAAUUUCGGCUCCCGGGCUACAGUCUGUAGAUAAAGUUGACCUGCUUCGGAGGCGAUGGUGCCUACCUUCCAUUUCCAUUCACGGAAUAGAACAUUCCUUUGACAAACCGGGUGCUCCCACACUAAUAUGUCGUAAGGUGUUGGGCAAAUUUUCCGUCCGCAUCGUACCCGAUCAAAACCCAAAGAAAAUUGCCCAGAAGGUCACUGACUACUUGGAGUCCAUUCACAGACAGCGCAGUUCACCAAACAAGUUGGAAAUAAAAGUGUUUCGUGAUGGCAGACCGUUUCUAGGGGACCAUACGUGUGCCAAUUACCAGGCAGCGUACCAGGCGAUUGCAAGAGUGUGGCACAAGCCCCCGGAUCUGACCAGAGACGGUGCAACUAUCCCGGUCGCAAUAGCUCUGGAAGAAUCAACGAAAAAAGACGUGGUUCUUAUCCCUAUGGGCCAGAGUCUGGACUUCCAGCACGAGAACAACGAACGACUAUCGAUCCAGAAUUUCAUGAACGGGAUGAAGGUCUUUGUCAUGUACUUUUUCCAGCUGGCAGCAAUAGAAAUAGAAGAUAGCGAAGAAGAAGAGAAGAGACAACUGGAACGUGAAAAAUGGCGAGGGAAAAUGCACCCUUUCGGUGCCAUUCCACCAGAAGGAAGCAUGAGGACUGGAAUACUGCCAGGUUGCCCAAGCCUAGACAGAGGAAGUCGAGAGGCAGAGGUCGUGUUCGAACCAUGGACUUUCCGGUCAGCAAAUUCGCGCUGA